UAAUCUACUGUAGCAAAAGCAGCAAACUAACCGGUAGAUCUUUCAUCGGAAAGGAAUCUAGAAAAUAGGGCAGGAGCUGAAGCGAGGGGGCGUUGAAUUGAGAGGGAAGAGAGAGGUUGACGAUAACCCCAAUUAAUCAAACACGCCAAGAACCGUAGUUUUUGAAAUCCCCAAGCCCUAGGUCGAAAGUCAGCAGCCAUUUGCAGCAAUUGCAGGUUUUUGAUUGGUGCUUUACACCAUAAUUCGGGAGCUUGGCUUGCAAAUUUCGCACUUUCUGUCGAAGCAUUUCGAAGUUCAUAUUAUCCUGAUGGCUCGUCAAGGAAUCAAGUCCGUCCCUGUUUUCCAUUGCGAUGUUUGCCUCGGUGAGGCUGAAGUAUUCCCCAGUACAAAUAACCCCAGCUUCCAGUUCCCCAACAAUGAGAUACGCAUCACUCAACUUUCUACUCCAAGCGAGCGGUGCCCACCACUCUCGGUGUUACAAACAAUUUCCCCAUUUUCCAUACGGUGCAAGAUCCAGGCGAAAUCGGUCACCAACGAUUCCCCAAUCUCGAGGCUCUACCUAUCCUGCUUCCAAGAAUUCAAGACCGCAUUUAUGGUUGUUGGAGAUGAAGAACUGCAUUUGGUUGCAAUGCGGAGUAAGGUAGAGAAGUCCCCGUGCUUCUGGUGCUGUUCGGUUCGGGCUGGCCUCUACAACUCUUGUUUGGGGAUGCUCAAUCUGCGGUGCCUUGCCAUCGUAUUCGAUCUCGAUGAAACGCUCAUCGUCGCCAACACAAUGAAGUCAUUUGAGGACAGAAUUGAGGCGUUGUCCCGCAGAAUUCGUGCCGAGAAUGAUCCUGUCAAGGUUUCUGGAAUGUCUGCAGAACUAAAGCGUUACAUAGAGGACAAAGAAAUGUUGAGGCAGUAUACGGAGAGCGACACCGUUUUAGAUAAUGGUAGGUUGGUUGGUGUGCAGAAUGAGCAGGUUCCUUUAUUGCCUGGGGGUCUGGAGCCCAUUAAACGCCCUGUCAUAAGGCUACAAGAAAGGAACAUUGUGUUGACUCGAGUCAAUCCAGAGAUACGAGACACUAGUGUGUUUGUGAAGCUACGUCCUGCUUGGGAGGAAUUGAGGAGCUACUUGACUGCCAAAGGACGCAAACGUUUUGAAGUAUAUGUGUGCACAAUGGCGGAAAGAGACUAUGCUUUAGAGAUAUGGAGGCUUCUUGAUCCAGAAUCUCAUCUUAUCAGUUCAAAGCAGCUGUUGGAUCGGAUCGUAUGCGUAAAAUCUGGCUCAAGAAAGUCACUCCAACAUGUUUUUAGAGAUGCCAAUUGUCAUCCAAAAAUGGCAAUGGUUAUUGAUGAUCGAUUGCAGGUUUGGGAUGAUAGGGACCAACCUCGAGUUCAUGUUGUUCCUGCAUUCACUCCAUAUUAUGCCCCUCAGGCAGAGGUGGCUAAUACUGUUCCUGUUCUAUGUGUUGCGAGAAAUGUUGCCUGCAAUGUACGAGGUGGUUUCUUCAAAGAGUUUGAUGAGAUCCUAUUGAGGAGAGUUUUUGAAUUAUGCUUUGAAAAUGAGAUACCUGAUUUACCUUGUGCUCCAGACGUAGGUGAUUACUUGAUGUCAGAGGAUACUGGUUCAGUGGUGAACAGCAAUAGAGAGCUUCCCGUUACCGAUGGCAUGAAUGGUUCUGAAGCAAAGCACAAGUUUCUUGGGCCAGCGUAUCUUGUUGCAGAACCAAUUCAACGUCAAGCACAGGCAACCCAAUGCAUACCAUCAGAUGAUGAUGGAUCAGUGAAUCGAGCAUCAGCCAAUAGGGCUGAGUCUCUUCCACUACUUCCAUCUUUUUUGCUCAUAGAAGUAUUGCAGGAAAUUGGGCGGAGGUGUGAUUCUAAGGUUGAAUUUAGGUCUGUUUCUGAAAGCAGCAAGGAUUUGCACUUUACUAUUGAGGUCUUAUUCAGCACUGAAAAGAUUGGAAUUGGAAUGGGAAGAACAAGAAAAGAAGCUCAGCUGCAAGCUGCUGAGAAUGCUUUGCGCAAUUUGGCUAGCGGGUACCUUUCAUUUAUUGCUCCGAAUGUGGAGGUUGUCAAAACCGAUAAUAUUUCUCUUGAAAAUGAAAAUGGUUUUUUAGAGGACUACAUUGACAAUAUUCUGGACAAGUCAUCCAAAAAUGAACUUUUACCUAGUUCUAGUUUGGUUGGGCAGUUGGAGCAACCAGAUAACUCAGAAAGAUUGUCGUCCAUCCUAUCUGGUAUAAAAGAUCUUUGUUUAGAGAGGAAAAACCUGGUCUUCCAAGAAGUGCCCCUAGCUUCCACAAGUUGUGAAGAAUACUGUUUUCAGGUCCAGUUAGCAGGAAAAGUUCUCGGCAGGGGAGUAGGUUUAAGCAAAGAUAAGGCAAAGCUUCAGGCUGCUGAAGAGGCGCUAAAGUAUUUGAAAGCAACCACCGAAAUGCAAAGGCUUAAACAACAAAAUCCUUCUAGGUCAUGAUAUUAGAGGCCCCUAACUUUUGACAACCUAUAUGAACUGUAGAGCUUACUCCAUAUAUCAUGGCCAUAUGCUUUAGCUCAUAAUUUCAUCAAUCAAUGUUUUUUGGUACGGUUUUUCUGGAGGUGAGGUUUGAAGCCAGAACUUCACUAUUUGUGUUUGCUUGAAAAAUAUAAGGCACAGUGAUGUUUUAUCAUUUUAAAAAGUUGGUGACCAAUUGCGAAGGCAAUGACAUACACAAAUAUUGAUUAAUGUUCAAAGUGCAUGAAAUUGGUGAAAAUUUCGCAGAUUAUGACUUAUUUAAGAGUAAGAGAUUGAUCCUA